CAUUAAUUAUGUAAAUUUGAAGCAACGGUUGAGAUGAGUGGUAGCAGUGGACCAGAUACCGAGGGCCCUUCUCUUUUCUAUCUCCCCCCGUUAACCCUUUUUUUGCCCUCCCUCACUGGGCGCACACACACACACACACAUUGCGCAACCCUUAAUUUCACCACAGGAGAGCUUUUUGGCAUUCUGGCGAUGGCCACAAAGAAAAUCAUAGCCAUAUGCCAAUCUGGAGGGGAAUUUGAGACUAAUAAAGAUGACGGGUCUUUAUUUUACACCGGUGGAGAAGCUUAUGCUCUCGACCUUGAUCAUAAGACCCAGUUGAAAGAUUUCAAGCGUGAACUUGCUGAAACUUUUCAGUUUAGGGCUGCUGCAUUGUCAAUUAAGUAUUUUCUCCCUGGAAACAGAAAGACCUUGAUUACCAUAUCUAAGGAUAAAGAUCUCAAGCGUAUGGUUAACUUCUUCAAGGACACUGAUCAAGUUGAGGUUUUUGUUGUUGCUGAAGAAGUAGAUGUUGCUGCUCCAAAUGUGUCCAACAUGCCUGCCAGUAGGUCAAGCAGGACAACUGUGUCUGCGGCAGCAGUUCCUUCAGAUGUCCCUGUGGAUGUUAUGCAAACUGAUGAUGCAAUUGUUUUAGAUGAGCCUAUUGAAACUACACCACUCGGUGCGUGUUCGUUCAGCAAUGAAGAUAGGCAUCGGAGAGCAGCAACUCAGUGGGAGAAUAUCAUCACAGGUGUUGACCAAAGAUUCAAUACUUUUGCCGAAUUUCGUGAAGCUCUGCAUAAAUACUCCAUUGCCCACGGCUUCACCUACAAGUAUAAGAAAAAUGACAGCCAUCGUGUGACUGCCAAGUGCAAAACAGAAGGUUGUCCAUGGCGCAUAUAUGCAUCUAGGUUGGCUACAACUCAAUUAAUAUGCAUAAAAAAGAUGAAUCCCGAGCAUACUUGUGAAGGGGCCACCGUAAAAGCUGGUUAUAGAGCAACUAGGGGAUGGAUAGGCAAUAUCAUAAAGGAGAAACUCAAAGUUUCUCCGAAUUAUAAACCAAAGGAUAUUGCGAGUGAUAUCAAGCGCGAGUAUGGUAUUCAGUUGAAUUAUACGCAGGCAUGGCGUGCCAAGGAGAUAGCAAGAGAACAGCUUCAGGGUUCUUAUAAAGAGGCAUACUCUCAGUUACCAUUUUUUUGUCAGAAUAUAAUGGAGACUAAUCCAGGAAGUCUUGCUACAUUCAGCACUAAGGAAGAUUCGAGCUUUCGCCGAUUUUUCGUGUCAUUUCAUGCCUCAAUAUCUGGUUUUCAUCAGUGCCGUCCUCUUCUUUUUCUCGAUAGUACUCUUCUUUAUUCGAAAUAUCAAGGAACGUUAUUGGCCGCAACAGCUGCAGAUGGGAAUGAUGAUUUUUUCCCUGUAGCUUUUGCUGUGGUGGAUGAAGAAACCGAGGAUAACUGGAAUUGGUUUCUGACAGAACUGAAGUCUGCUCUCUCAACUUCGGAGCAAAUUACUUUUGUUUCUGAUUUCCAGAAAGGCAUAAAGAACUCCUUGAUCGAGAUAUUUGGCAACGAGUGCUAUCACGGUUACUGUUUACGAUCCCUUGCGGAGAAGCUAAAUAAGGAUCUGAAAGGACAAUUUUCUCAUGAUGCAAGGCGUCUCAUGGUUCAAGAUUUCUAUGCCGCUGCCUAUGCACCCAAAAUCGAGGUGUUCGAAAGGUGUGCUGAGAACAUAAAGGCUAUAUCCAUCGAGGCUUAUGAUUGGGUCAUUAGAAGUGAACCAGAGCACUGGGCCAAUGCAAUUUUUGGUGGGGCUAGAUACAACCAUAUGACAUCCAACUUUGGCCAACAGUUCUACGGUUGGGUGUCUGAGGUGGAUGAGUUGCCUAUAACUCAGAUGGUUGAUGUGUUACGUGGCAAGAUUAUGGAAUUGAUCUAUAGGCGAAGACUUGAAUCAAGUCAAUGGGUUACAAGGUUGACACCUUUUAUGGAGGAUAAACUUCAGCUUGAGAUGUCAAAAUCAAGAUCAUUUCAAGUGGCGCUCGCACAUACCAGUACGUUUGAAGUCCGCGGUGGUGAGUCAGUGGAUAUAGUGGACAUUGAUCACUGGGACUGCAGUUGCAAAGGGUGGCAGCUAAGCGGGUUGCCUUGCUGCCAUGCUAUUGCUGUUAUACUCUGUCUUGGAAGGAGCCUUUAUGAAUAUUGCUCUAGAUUCUUCAUGACUGAGAGUUAUCGCUUGACUUAUACAGAGUCAAUCAAUCCCAUACCAAAUGUGGAGAAACCGGAGAGAAGUGAACUGCAUGAAGCAACUAUUGUAACUCCUCCUCCUACUAAACGUCCACCUGGCAGACCAAAGUUGAAAUCAGCUGAAUCUGCAGAUGUCAUUAAGCGCCAGCUUCAGUGUAGUAAGUGCAAAGGCCUGGGCCACAAUAAGAAGACAUGCUACAGGGUGAAUGGUGUUGGCGUUGAGGAACCAGAGACUCCUAUUUUGACGGUACUAGGAACCGAGGAACCCGAAGGAAGCUCUUGAUUAAAUAUCUUUUUUUGUCUUUCCGACAAUGUAUUUUAUGAUGAUGUUCGUUGUCCUAAAGGACCUGGAUACUUUUAGACUAGUUUGUGGACUAAUAUGUUAGCCAGUGUUUUUAUUUGCCAGUGAAUUUUCUUGCUCCAAUUAUCGGCUGGCCUCUGAAUGUAAAACUAGUGUAGUCCUAGUUUCUCUUUAUGAGGAUUAUCAACUUGCUUUAUUGUGGAUGUGGGAUUUUUAUUACA